AUGACACUAACCUGGUUUAUUACCGGCGCUUCUUCUGGGCUAGGGUUAGCACUAGCAAAAACUGCCCUUGCUAAAGGUGACAAGGUUAUUGGGACCUCCCGUGAAUCAUCUAGAUUGGCGGAAAUUGUCUCCCAGGGGGCCAUUCCUCUUACGUUUAACUCAAGUGAUUCGCCCCAAGUGAUAAAUUCGAUAAUCUCCGAUGUCUUCAAAAAGCAUGGGCCAAUCGAUGUUGUGGUUAAUAAUGCAGGAUAUGGUGAAAUUGGAAUUUUUGAAGAAAUCGACUAUCCAACUAUUGAAAACCAAUAUCAAGUCAAUGUUUUUGCUCCGAUUAAAGUUCUCCAAGGGUUUUUGCCUUAUUUGCGUUCCCAAAAAUCAGGGCUUAUCAUCAAUGUCGGUAGCGUUGCUGCUUUUGGGUCUGACCCAAUUAGCGGGAUUUAUGGAUCUACUAAGGCUGCUAUCAAGAAGCUCAGUGCUUCAAUUGAUUCAGAAGUUAAGGAAUUUGGAAUCAGGGUUAUAGUGGUUGAGCCUGGGCCAUUUAGAACUCCAAUAGUGAAAAACUAUUCCGAACAAGGGGUUUUCAAAGAUCGAAGCACAAUUAAAGACUACGAUGAGUCAAGAAAGAUGGUUGAUAUGUUUUUUAGUCAUAUUAACCAAGCUAGUGGGGAUCCGAAUAGAUUUGGGAAGGCAUUGGUUAAAUUGGCACAUCGUGAAGAAGAAUUUAAAGAGUCAAUACCUUGUGUACUUGCUUUGGGGGAAUAUACUUAUGAAAGAAAGAAUGGGGUUUUCGCUGAUGAGCUUGAAGAGAUGAAGAAGUAUAAAAAUGUUACUUUUUCUACUGAUAAUCCUGAUAUGUGA